CACACUGGUGAGAAGCGCUCAUUUGAGUAUAUAAGAGAGAAGGGAAGACCCAUCAGCACCACAGACUUCUGCAGUCAUGGUUACUGGUGUUCUGGUGAAGACCUGCCUGCUGGGGGCGCUCGCCCUCCUCUGCAUAGAUGGCGCCCACGCUGACGAGAACCCAUGCGCGGCUACGGGCAUGACACCCUACGAUUACAAGCAGGCGCUCUGUAUGUCAUUCUUCUUCUACGAAGCCCAACGGUCCGGUAAACUACCAGCAAAUAACCGCGUCUCAUGGCGAGGCGACUCUGCCCUAAACGACGGUGCUGAUGUGGGCCAUGACCUUAGUGGUGGCUACUACGAUGCUGGCGACUUGGUCAAGUUCGGCUUCCCAUUGGCCUUCACCGUCACCAUGUUGUCCUGGGGCCUCCUAGAGUUCCCUAAUGGCUAUAGUCAAGCUGGCCAGACUGAUUAUUUGUUGGACACCAUCAAGUGGGCUACUGACUACAUGUUCAAGUGUCACACCGGAUAUAAUGAGUAUUAUGGACAGGCCGGAAAUGGUGAAAUUGACCACGCCCUGUGGAGUCGACCUGAAACAAUGACCGAGGAGCGACCUUCUUACAAGAUUGAUCAAGCAAACCCUGGUUCGGACUUGGCUGCUGAGACAGCUGCUGCUCUUGCUGCUGGCUACAUGGUGUACAAGAGUAGGGACGCAAACUACGCUAAUCAGAUGCUCGAUAUGUCCAAAGAAAUGUACGAGUUUGCUGACAAUUUCCGUCAAACCUACGACAUUUCGAUCCCCGACGCCUAUAACUGGUACCGUUCAUGGAGUGGGUAUGGUGACGAGCUGGUCUGGGCUGGUCUGUGGCUGUAUAGAGCGACAGGAGAUGAGUCCUAUCUCAACCGCGCCAGGGGUCAUUGGAGCGAGUUCAACCUGCAGUAUUCCGAGGCUCGUCAGUUCUCCUGGGACGACAAGAAAGCUGGAGUCUAUGCUCUCUUCUGGCUACUGGACGGCUCACAGACCUACCUGGACCACCUUAACACGUACUUCAAUUACCUAAGGAACCAGGCCGCGUAUACCCCAGAAGGCCUGCUCUACCUAGACGAGUGGGGCCCAGCCAGACAUGCUGCUAAUGUUGCCUACCUUGCUCUCUGGGCUGCCAAAUAUGGUGUAGACGCAUCAACGAACAAUCAGUGGGCUCAAGGUCAGAUGAACCAGCUUCUUGGUGCCAACUCUCGCUACCAAAUGAGCUUCGUUGUGGGCUUCGGUGACAAGUAUCCUGAGAGACCUCAUCACCGUCCCAGCUCAUGUCCCGACCUUCCUGAGGUUUGCGACUACGGAUGGGCUUACAGCCAGCCUGGCCCCAACCCACAUGUCCUGUACGGUGCCUUGGUCGGUGGACCAGACGCGAGCGGUACAUUCACAGACGACCGAACCCUCUAUGAGCAGAACGAAGUCGGUCUUGACUACAACGCUGCUUACAGCGGCGCUCUAGCUGCUCUCAUUGAGCUCAGUUAAGAGAUGCUCUCACAGAGCUCACUAGAAGAUUCCACGUCUGAUGUUACUAGCCGCUGUGUCCCAGGAACUAGCUAUGGCGCCCACGCUGACGAGAACCCAUGCGCGGCUACGGGCAUGACACCCUACGAUUACAAGCAGGGCGGAAAUAGUGUAAUUGACCACGCCGAGUGGAACCGACCUGAAAACAUGACAGAGGAGCGACCUUCUUACAAGAUUGAUGAAGAACACCCUGGUACGGAAUUGGCUGCUGAGACAGCUGCCGCUCUUGCUGCUUCCUACUUGGUGUUCAAGGAUACGGACGCUGACUACGCCGAGGAGUUACUAGCCCUGGCCAAGGAACUCUACGAGUUCGGUGACAACUUCCGUGGAAACUAUGACGUUGCGAUCCCCGAUGCGUACAAAUCAUAUAGCGGGUAUGGUGACGAGCUGGUCUGGUCUAGUCUGUGGAUGUACAGAGCGACGGAGGACGAGAGUUACCUCACCCGCGCCAGGGGUCACUGGGACGAGUUCGACUUUGAAACUACACCGCCUAAUCAGUUCUACUGGGAUGACAAGACCCCCGGAGUCUAUGCGCUCUUCUGGCUGCUGGAUGGUUCCCAGACCUACUUGGACCACCUCACGGACUACCUAGAUUACCUGCAGAACAGCGCCCCUUACACCCCAGAGGGAAUGGUUUACCUAGACCCGUGGGGAUCAAACAGGCAUACCGCUAAUGUUGCCUUCCUCGCUCUCUGGGCUGCCAAACAUGGUGUGGACACGUCAGUGAACAGCGAGUGGGGUCAGGAUCAGAUGGACCAGUUGCUGGGUGCCAACUCUCGCUACAACAUGACCUUCGUUGUGGGCUUCGGUGAAAAGUAUCCUGUGAGACCUCACCACCGUCCCAGCUCGUGUCCCGACCCCCCUGAGGUUUGUGACUAUGACUGGGCUUUCACCCAGCCUGGACCCAACCCACACGUCCUAUAUGGUGCCUUGGUCGGUGGACCAGACGAGAACGGCGACUACGAAGACGACCGCUCUAACUACGUGCAGAAUGAGGUCGCCUGUGACUACAACGCUGCCUACACUGGUGCUCUAGCUGCUGUACCGCCCACGCUGACGAGAACCCAUGUGAGGCUACGGACACGUCACCCAUUGACUACCCACAGCUGGGACUUUUUCAAGUUGGUUUCCCUUUUUCCUCACCUUCCCAACUUGGGCCCGGGGUCUCCCGACUUUCUGCGGUACAGUAAAGCGGGCCAGACUGAUUACGCGUUGGAUGCCAUCAAGUGGGGUACUGACUACUUCAUCAAGUGUUACACCUCAACGAAUGAGUUCUGGGGCCAGGUCGGAAACAGUGUAAUUGACCACGCCCUGUGGGAACGACCUGAAGUCAUGACAGAGGAACGACCUUCUUAUAAGAUCGAUGAGGAAAAUCCUGGUACGGAAUUGGCUGCUGAGACAGCUGCCGCUCUUGCUGCUUCCUACUUGGUGUUCAAGGAUACGGACGCUGACUACGCCGAGGAGUUACUAGCCCUGGCCAAGGAACUCUACGAGUUCGGUGACAACUUCCGUGGAAACUACGACGUUGCGAUCCCCGACGCCUACCCAUCAUAUAACGGGUAUGGUGACGAGCUGGUCUGGUCUAGUCUGUGGAUGUACAGAGCGACGGAGGACGAGAGUUACCUCACCCGCGCCAAGGGUCACUGGGACGAGUUCAACUUUCAGUAUUCAGUACCUACUGAGUUCUCCUGGGACGACAAGACGGCCGGAAUCUAUGCGCUCUUCUGGUUGCUGGACGGUUCCCAGAUCUACUUGGACCACCUCACCACCUUCCUGGAUUACCUGCAGAACACCGCUACAUACACCCCAGAGGGUCUGGUCUUCAUCUCCGAGUGGGGAUCAAACAGGCAUGCUGCUAAUGUUGCCUUCCUCGCACUCUGGGCUGCCAAACAAGGUGUGGACACGUCAGUGAACAGCGAGUGGGGUCAGGAUCAGAUGGACCAGCUUCUGGGUGCCAACUCUCGCUACAACAUGACCUUCGUUGUGGGCUUCGGUGACAAGUAUCCUGAAAGACCUCACCACCGAUCCAGCUCAUGUCCCGACCCCCCUGAGGUUUGUGACUAUGGCUGGGCUUUCAGCCAGCCUGGACCCAACCCACACGUCCUAUAUGGUGCCUUGGUCGGUGGACCAGAUGAGCAUGGCAACUACGUGGACGAACGCUCUAACUACGAGCAGAAUGAGGUCACCUGUGACUACAACGCUGCCUACAGCGGUGCUCUAGCUGCUCUCAUAGAGCUUAGCUAAGAGAUGCUCACAUCUCAGAAGACUCCUUGUCUCUCGUUAUCAACUGCUGUGUCCUAGUAACUGACUGUUGAGUCUGCUGUGAUUCUCUCUCUCUCUCUCUCUCUCUCUCUCUCUC